AGUAGUGUCGGCAUUUCGGAUUUAGCUGUUUUGGUGUUUUCUGGAAGUGCAUUAGAUUUUUCCUGUGUGUUUGUGUUGAGAAGAUGCGUGCCUAGCACACAGCACACACCAAGAAGAGAAUAGCACAACAUCCUAGCAUUGAAAGCAAGCAGUGCGUGCAAUCAAACACAAAAGAAAGCUUGAAAGUGGUUGUGCGGUUAUUAUUGUUGUUCUUUUCGAUCGUUGUUCUGAUAGAAUUGGAAUAAUAAUUGUUGAUUGUUGUGCGCUGAGCUAGUUCCGGAAAUCCUGCCUUUUUUAUUUGAAUUAUACGGAGCGAAAAAAAAUAUAAUACUCAAACCGAAAAGCUAUUGGAUUGUGCAAAGAAAGAGCGAAAUCGCAUCUCAUCGGAAUUGGGGUGUGUAUUACUGCAGUUUUGGAAAAGUAGUGUAUUGUGCAUUUCAUGAAUAUUGAUUAUCCUCCAGCGCUGCAGGCCCGUGUAUUGUAAAGUUUUCUCUUUGAGUGCCUCAUAUGAAUGCUCGCGCGAAAGAGAGUGGAGUUAUUUUUUUUUUUGCCUUUUCAACGUUAUUCGCAACUGUUGGUGGUUGAAUUGAAUGUGUCCACAAGAAUCCACAAUCAAGCACAUCGGCAACGAGACACCCAUACCAGUGCAACUGUCAAUGAAUAAUAACAAAACAACACAAACGCGAAAAUAGUGGUGAAACGAGUGUGGUGAGUUCUGUGGAUUGCAGCAGGCAGUGACGACGAAGUUGGGGUGGAAUCAGAAUAACAAUAAUAAAAAACUUGUUGCGUCCGCUCUGCACGAAACACGAUACAUAGGUACCUACUACGGUUUGAGCGUGUUUAUGAGCAUCGUCAGAACGAACGUGCGGUGAAAUUCUGUCACAAACACCAAUACUAGUGCUUCAGAAGAAAAAGUGUAGUUUUCUAUCAGAAUUUUGUUAUUCUAAUGCCUGAACAAUAAAAAAAAAUUCUAAAAGUGGCAAAAAACGGUUCGUGUGACAACAAGCAAAUAAGUAAGCGAUAAAUCCAUAUCAAAUAGUGGAAAAUCAUCGAAAGCAAUAACGACAACAACAAAUUCGAAGCAAGUAAAUUGGAUUACUUAAUGGUAUUUACCUUGGUUCGUCUAUUCCCGGUAGAAAGGUAAACAGCAGCAGCGCGGAGAGUGCGAAUGUGACCCCAGUCCAGUGUGCUAGUUGAACCAAUUAAGUUGUGCAAGGUUCCGUAAAAUUGUGUGCGCUAGUAUUGUGCAUGGGAACUUGAGAAAAAGAAGAAGGAAUAAUUAACUGCAGAAAAAAAAAAGAACAGGGGAAAAGAAUUGCACCGGAUAUUGAAGCGAGCGAAGGAAGAAGUUAAGGGAGAGCAUUACACCCUUUGGGACAAAAUCGACGUACUAAAGAGGCAUCCAACACUGAUCGGAGAGGGUAAUAGAACGCAGGAUACAUAAGGACCAACCUGGCGCUGUUUUGCGUACCGGUAAAGCAACGCUUGUCUUCCGAUUCGUCUGAUGUGAAUGUAAGUGGCCAGCGCACACUUUUGCAUGUAUCAUAGGACCAGAGCAUCCUCCGUUCACUACCCGAUCGCAAAGAAGACCAAGGACUCCAGCAAUGGGAUGAUCGGACUGCAAGCGGAGCUCGGGGGUCCACCGCCGGGACAACUGAUGACGACACCGGCUGCGAUGAUGGCUGCUGCUGCUGCCAACCCCAACAACGGUGGACCCGGCAGUCUGCUACCCCCAGGUCACCACCAUUCGGCAGCGGGCGGUAUGGCCCAUCAGGCGCAUCUUCAUCCUCCACCGCCACCCCAGCAGAUGGGUGGACGUUCCGGUGGGACGGCACGUGAACGCGCCCAGCAUGCGGUCGAGUACUACAACAGUAAUGUCCUGAGGGCACGGGUCGGUGCGGGCCUGGCCGGACCGAGGAGUUCGGUCCACGAACGAUAUCCGUACAUCCAGCGUCAUCUGGGGAUGAACGCUGGCGGUAAGUUGAUUCCGCAGAAUUCCGAGAAUCUGUACCGGAGCAACUCGAGCUUGGAGCUGAUACACGAUCACAGUGGAAAUCACGAUGGCCUUCAUGCGGGAGGGACCAAUCUACGGCGGGAGUACGGCAGUCAUGGCUCGAUCGAUGUGAUAUCUUCCGAUCGCCACCAUGGCCAGUCGACGGGGGAGAGUUUCCUGGCUAUGCUGCAGGAAUACCGGCCGGCUGUGUUUGGGAUGGAGCAUUCGCAUCUCCAUGGCGGACAUCACAGUCACCACGAUGGUCGAAAUGGUGGGAUGACUUCUUCCGGCGAAGACAGCUUGGAUCGUGGAAAUUCCAGUCCUAAGCUACGGAUGAAGUUCAAUCGGUUGUGGUCUUCCUCGGGAGGCCAUGCAGUUAAGGCAGGUCGUGGACAAACGCAAAGCGCUUCCCUAGACGAUGCCGCGAUGAACCCGAACGUUUCGGUGCUCUCGAACGUAUCGAAUGUCAGUACGACGUCGACGACUACGGUUUCGUCAGCCGACAUCGAAGAACGGCAACGAAGAAGAGCUUUUGCCCACUUCGAUUGCCAAUCGCUGACGGCAAAUUUGGGCUAUGCAGCCAAGCUGCGCGGACUUCUACUUGCUAGACGGAGGAAUACGACAACGGGUGCGUCGGCAGCUGCUACGUACGGGACGCGAUCAUCCACCCCAGACGGAGACAGCAUAGACGAAGACUACGGAGACGGACAGGGGAACGAACUGCUUGACAGUUGCCCAUUCUUCCGGAACGAAAUCGGCGGCGAAGAAGAACGGGAGGUCAGUCUAACAAGAAUGCAAAAUCCACUCCCGGCAGGUCAGCAAAGGCGAGCAAUCCAUCGACCAGCUCUGGCCUACGGAGUUUCCGUGCUGGAAUGCGGUACGAACGAAACUCUGUGGAAGGCGAACAGCUGCCCCUAUCAGAAAGGUCCUCGACCAAUCGAACAGAUUGACAACGGUGCUCUAUACUACCGGCAGCACUUCUUUAGCCAGGAACAUCAAAACUGGUUCGGAAUGGACGAGCAGCUCGGUCCGGUAGCGAUCUCCAUCAAGAGGGAAAAGCUUCCCCCCAGUGCAACACCUACGCUUACGAUCCACGGAGCGGACGUCGCUGCAACGUCUAAUCAAGCUCCUCAGCACCUGUAUCGGUUGAUAGUUCGCACGUCGGAGCUGUUAACCUUGCGCGGAUCCGUCAUCGAGGACUCCAUCCCGAAUCCUCGCGGAACGGGUAAGCACGUCAGUACCAAAGAAAUUCUGGAAUACGUUGCUCCAGAAGUACAAAUCAGCUGUCUAAGGUUAGGAGUGAACACACCUCAGUGUGAACAGCAACUCCUGAAGCUCGAUGAACAGGGUUUGACCAACAAGUACAAGGUUGGGAUCCUAUACUGCCGAGCGGGUCAGUCCUCCGAGGAGGACAUGUACAAUAACGAAGAUGCCGGCCCAGCGUUCAACGAAUUCCUGGACACAAUUGGCAAACGUGCGCGUCUCAAAGGUUUCGAACACUACAAAGCCGGCCUGGACAACAAGACCGACUCGACUGGGACACACUCUCUGUACGCCAACUAUCAGGACUGCGAAAUUAUGUUCCACGUAUCGACGAUGCUCCCGUUCACACCGAACAACCGGCAGCAACUGCUACGCAAGCGGCAUAUCGGUAACGACAUUGUUACGGUCGUAUUCCAAGAACCGGGAGCUCUUCCGUUUACUCCAAAGAACAUACGAAGCCAGUUUCAGCAUGUGUUUAUCAUCGUUCGAGCGGUGAAUCCCUGCACGGAUCACACCCAGUACCGGGUGGCCGUUUCCCGAUCGAAGGAAGUACCGGUAUUUGGCCCACCGGUACGACCGGGUGCUCUCUACGCCAAAGGAAAACACUUCGCCGAUUUCCUGCUGUCGAAGGUGAUCAACGCCGAGAAUGCGGCACAUAGAUCGGAGAAGUUCGCCACGAUGGCUACGCGGACAAGGCAGGAAUACCUGAAGGAUCUUACCAGCAACUACUGUAGCGCCGCUUUGGUGGAUACCGGGCAGAAGUUUUCGAUAUUCCCAAGUAAGAAGCGAGAGCGGAGUAAACCGAGGUUCUCAGGGGACUUGACGCAACGGGGAGCGUUCUGUUGGCAGGUUGUGCUGCACGAUAGCGGAAUGUCUACGCAGGUGGAUUGUUUCCUGGGAAUCUCGGCGGAAACGUUUGUUCUGAUCGAGGAGUGCUCGCGACAGAUCAUCUUCGUGACUCCCUGCAAGGCCAUUUUGGGGUGGUCGACGAGUCAGAACUCGUUGAGGGUGUAUUACCAUCAAGGAGAAUGUGUGACGCUGAAUAUGAGAGACUCAGGUGAUCGAGAUGAACAGCUGGAGGUAAUCGAACGAUUACGAGCCGUUACGAAUGGUUGCGGAGCGUUGGAGCUGAGUUUGAGAAGGAAUCCCAUGGGGCAGUUGGGAUUUCAUGUUCAGCCGGAUGGCGUUGUCACGCAAGUGGAGAUCUCUGGACAGGCGUGGACGGCUGGACUUCGGCAAGGGUACAGGUUGGUUGAGAUUUGUAAGGUAGCGGUGGCUACCUUAUCGCACGAUCAGAUGGUAGACCUGCUGAAGACUUCCGCGCAGGUUACAGUCACAGUGAUAGAAUCGUUUGCAGACUUCAGCCCCCGACGGGGCUGUUUUUUACAGAACUGUAGAUUCAAUGCAAUCAACUACGAGAGCGAUUAUGACACCGUUCCGGAACAGGCGGAUAAGACCGGGAAGAAACACCUACCCAGUGCCCAGUUGCAAUCGGCAAACCAUCGCCGAAGAUAUGAACGGAACUUUUCGCCACCGCGAUCGAGCAACAGUUCUGGCUAUGGAACCGGCAGCAGUAGUCGAUCGUUUACUGCAUUGAACCAAAAUGGAGUUCCUCCCAGUGAUCACCGAUACGGACCAACGGAUAUGGGUACUUUAACGAGCUCAUCCAGUGGUCACUCAUCGAACGAUGAACGCUGGUACGACGUCCUGGAACCCCAACAUGAAGCUCCAGCUCCCUCGGUUAUGCCUCCUCCGUCAGAUCCGAACAACUACCACCAUCCAAAGCUGACCGCUUCCAGUAACUCUUUACCCCUGGCUGGAGCUUCUCCUCGCCCCCUUUCCCUACAUCAAGACUCCCGCCAGUUAAACAACAUCAGCAGCAACCCUAACAGCAACGCCAACAUUGCCCUCCUGAAACGCUUGAUCAUCAGCGAAAACAACGGCACCCACGAAAACGGUUCCUCCGAACCUCUGUACAGCAGCUCAAUGAAAAACCUUGCCAAUCACCAUCACCUUAGCGCCACCGAGGAGGAAGACAUAUCCCGCCACAACUCGCCACAGCUGAAACGCUCCGCUACCACUACGAACAUCUACGGAAUCAACGGUGGUGGUGGCAGCGGCAGCAGCAAGAAGGCUUUGCCCAACGGAGCCCUCAGCUCUAGUAGCACCUCCAGCUCCCGCAAUAACAGUCCUCGGCCGAAUAACGGCGCCGCAGAUGCCAAACCGCGGACCAAAAGUGCAGCACCUCAACGGAACAGCGUCAACUACACAGGCAGCUCCCUGCAGGAAGAUUUGAUGAAGCUGAUCAACCCGGACUACAUUGCCGCGGCUUCCAGUGAUGACAACUUCAACACCGGCGGUAUAGAGAAAAUGCAUAAAGGUCACCCAAACAGUCACAGCUUGGGGAACAUUUCGUCGCUGACGGCUGCCGCAGGGCUGAAACCAAUUCAGCAGCAGUUGACGCAGAAAUCGCGCUCACGAGAGGGCAUCAAUCUGGGCUCCUCGAACAACCUGAAGGUUGCCAAAAGUAAUGGUAAUGUGAACGGCAACGGUGGUUCGGCGAAUGGGUCCGAGCAGUCGGAGUCGGAUGUGAUAUUCACCACGGCCCGGCCGGCUACGGUGAUUUCUUCGACGACGAGCAACUGUUCCAGCCCGGCCAGUGAGUUGAACAACAACAACAACAACAAUAAGCUGCACAUCAACGAGGAUCACCUGAAGAUGUCACCGGGCAAGAAGCAGCAAAUUAUGGCCCUGGCGGCUGCCGCCGCAGCUGGUGGGAUUCUGAAGAACGGCGGAAUGAUGACCAAUGGCAACGGAGGUGGCGGGGGUGCUGGAGGGAACGUGAAUGGUGGAGGGAAGAUUCCUCUGCCCGACAUGCAAGAGAUGGACUGGAGCAGUCUGGUGGAUACGGCAACCAAGGCAAUGACGCAGCUCAGCGAAUCCGGUUCUAAACACCCACAUGGAAACGUAUACUACGACGACAUCAGUCAGGUCUUGAACGGCGUAGUUCAGCAACAGCAGCAACUUCAACAACAGCAACAGCAGCUACAGCAACUUCAACUCCAACAACAGCAGCAGCAACAGCUUCAACAACAUCAACAUCAACAACAACAUCAACAACAACAUUCCCAGCUUACCCCUCCCACACACCAGAACGGCUCCGGAACACCGGCCCUCUCUGAUCUAUCGUCCACAUCCAGUUCCGCUUCACCGGUGUCCAUCGGCAGUGGCAGCACUGGCAACGGCACUCAGCUGAUGUCAAUGUCGAACAGCUCCAGCCUACCGGAGCUGCAGAGUCAAGUGACCCAGCUAUCGGACCGGGUGCUGCGGGAACAACGCCGAAGACGGUCACUGGAACAUGCCGUCCGACGACUGACCGAAGAGAACCGUCGUCUCCAGGACGAGAGCCAGGCCGCUGUCCAGCAGCUACGACGCUUCACCGAGUGGUUCUUUCAAACCAUCGAUCGACAGUCGUAAUCAUCCUUCCUAACUUUACCCUAAAACGUGCUUAGCCAAUAGCGUCUUCCAAAGUUUUCCACACACCGUUCAAAUAGACUGCACCGAAAGCAAUCGCACCCUGUAGCCCCCUCAAUUCCCGUAGAGAAACUGUUAACGAAGAAGCCUUUCGUUGUUUGUUUUAUACUAUUUACGACCAUCAAUCAUGAAAUAAAAACAAAAAAUCGUAAACUCUUUAAAAUCGCGUAAGUUUUGUAUCUCUUAAGUGACCAAAAAUCUAAUGUUAGUGAAAAAGUUAAGCUUUUAAGCGACAACUGCAACAUGCAACACCAAUUUGCAAUUCGCCCUCGUUGAAAUACAUCAAUCUUUAUAUACAAUACAUUAUUGAACUUGUAAGGAAUCGUCAUGUCGAGCUUAGAUAAUUCGACCGAUAUAUUUAUAAAUCACAAACAUGUUGUAGGACACCAAUUUUCGUCUUGAUCAAAUCCAAUCGGUUAAUCGAAACAAUAAAAAAAAAAUCAUGUUGCGAUAACAUAUUUACGGAUGAAAAAAGUUACAUUAAAUCACAUUUACUCACAUUUGCCUAUUUAUCAAACGGAAACAAAAAUAUCAAAUCGUAAUUUAAAAAAAAAAACGUAUUAAGUAACACACUCGAUAGGAAUCGAACUUACAGAACGGAAACAUACCAAAUAAAGCAAACAUUUACAUGCAUCUAAUUACAACGUUCGUGUAGAAUCUGUUAAUUUAAAUUUAACUUGUGUUAUAUAACUUUGUGCAUUGUUCGUAUUAUUAUUAUUUGUAUUCGCUAAAUUGUAGCUGCCUAAGUUCGUUGUUAAAUACCCUCGUUACUACCUAAGGACAUCAAUAUGCAGUCUUUCCUUUUCUAAGCGAUAAGCUGUUUUAUUUUUUGGGGCGAAUCUGGAUGUGCUUCGUUAAGCUACUUAAGUUUCGCUUUGUCCAGAUGCAUUUAUCAUCGAAGGACAAAGCGAAAAGUGUAUUUUUUUUGCUUGUAAUUUUUGUGUAAGAAAUUUGUCUUAUUGCUAUCGUCUAUGUUUUUGUUUAGGUUAAACUCGAGCUAUUUAAGUUGAAUAUAUGCCUACUUUAUUAUGAAAGAGACACGAGGAUCGCAAAUAAAAACAAGAACAAUCAGUAAAGUUAAAUAAAUUUAAAAAACAAAAA